CCUUGAUCCAUUGGAUUAUGUGAACUUCUUAUCACGCUUUUGGAGCAUAAUAGAUGCACUGAAGUCUAAAUCGCGACUUGCCCACGUGAUCGUGAAAUACGCUAAGCCAUCAGGCACAUUGCACCCUUCCUCUUUACAAAUUGCAUCAGAUCGAGAUACCUUUUAUCAAAAAAAGAGCUUCCAACUCAGAAGCACCAGAUUCUACACCUCAUCAAACAGCUUCAGCAAGGCCUCGCAGUACAAUUCCGACCCUCCGGCCACUCUAUGCGCGGAAAAAUCACUCAUCGGUCCUUAUGUACCGCCGAGCCGAUUUCAGAACAUAUCUCAGUCGAUGACGUCGUGCUGUGCAAAGUCAAAGGCAGCCAUUACCUCCACCUCGUGAAGGCAAAGUCGGGAGUGCGGUAUUUCAUUGGUAACAACGUCGGCGGAACUAACGGCUGGAUCACGAAAAAGAGUAUUUAUGGGAAGCUUACGCGGGUUGAAUGAUGAUUGUAUUUAAAUGAAGUAGUCGACAACCCCGACCACGUGUUUGUAGAUCGCCAAUGGCGUCAGAAUGUAAGAGCUCGGUAUGCAGGAAGAGGAAUGUAUCAUAUGGGUGUUCGUAAGCUAGGUCCGUAAAACGGAAAGAUAUACACGGAAGCUACUGAGUACCUCCUAGUUCCAUACAGGGCACUACGCGACCUUGUUUUCGUGCUGCUUUGGAAAUGACGUUUCAAGACAAGCCAUGCAUGCAGGCGUCGUCGUGGCAUGUUUCAAUCGGGCGGGGAACUUGAUGGCACAAAGCCGCAGCAAACAAGAGUGAGGUAGCGGAGACUGCCAU